AUGCGGGUGGGGGGGCUUAUGGAGGUGGAUGAGCUGGAAAGAAGAUGCAAAAUCCAGCAAGAGCAACUGUUCCAGGUGAAGGAGGAGCUGACCCACACAACAGCAGAAAUGAAACUCAGAGUUGUACAGGCUGAAGAGCGUUUGGAAAACGAAAAGAAGCGAUUCAAGCAGGUCCUGAAUGAUACAGAAUCCCUUCGUCUGAAGGAGGUGGGACAGAUAACUCAGCACAUGGAGACAAGUGAACAUGCUCUGCAGGAGCGCAUCCAAAGGCUGGAGGCCAUCCGCAUUGGGCUCGAGGAGGAACUGAGCCAAGUGAAAGCUGCCGCCUUCAUUGAACGAGGCAAAAUUGAGGAAGAAGUCAUCAGAGCCAAAAACCAAACCAGGUUGGAAGAGCAACAGCGCCUAGAGCAGAUGGAGGAGAAGCUGAGGCUGAUGAUGCAAUCCCGUGACGAGGCACAGAAUUACUGCUUGCAGCAGAAGCAAACAGUGGCAGAAGCACACGCUAAGGAAGGCCAGUUGAGUCUGCAGGUGGAAGGACUCAAGAGGCGACUGGAAGAGCUUCAGCAGGAGCUGGGCAGUAAGGAACAAGAGAAAGUUUCCGAGGUCAAUAAAGUGCGUGUGGAGCUGCAGGAGCAGAUUGGUCACCUGGAAGCUGAGAGAACAGCACAAGAAGGGCUGCGAGGGAAGAUUGCGGCCCUUGAGCGCCAGCUGAAAGUGUUGUCCAGUAACCACCGGGAGGCACUAUUGGACAAAGAGGGUGAAAUCUCCAGCCUGCUUGAGAAAUUACGGGUUCGGGAAGCAGAAAUCUCCAGGAUAAGGGAGGAGGAAGCUCAGCGGGCCAGCUUCCUUCAAAAUGCCAUCCUGACCUAUGUGCAAGGUUCCCCACUUGGCUCUCUCAGCCCCAAGAAGUGAGUAAGUUCUGCAGUUCAUAAGGCCCAUCCUCAAGGAAAGGGAUCAUGAGAGGAUCAUGGUGGGCCAGGCCAGGCUCUCUUAUGUUUCCUGAAGAUCCAGGAAUCUCCAUGGCCAGUUACCUGGAACUAAGUGUGAAGCGUCAAUGAAGGACUUGUGGCCGCUUUAGAAACCAUCUUAAUUUCUGUGCCCAAAUCUUGUUCAACCACAGCAGCAAGAAUAGUCUUCAAGAUAAAAUCAUCUAUUCCUAUUUGUAACCCACAGAUAAUGUAUGUUCACACAAGUUCUCCCUCACUGAUUUUGGCCUCAAAUUUAGAUCCAAAAUGCACAUCAUUUCUUGUUGGAUUGAUGGUUGUUGGAAAAAAUAAUAAUGCUUUGAUGUGACCGACUCUUUUAAAUGCAUCAAUCAACAGUAGUAAAAGGAACAUUUAAGCCAGCCAAUCAUGAAAAUUUUUCCUAUACUCAUUUUCCUUUUCUACAAGAUCUACAGCAUUCCAGAUAAUCUCAAAAGGACUAAUUUGAGUCUAGAGUCAUUUGGGGCUGUCCUGAUCCAGUAGAACACAGAAUUUAUUUUCCACGCCUGAGAAUAUCACUGUUAAGUCCAGUUUUCUAAGGAACUCUUUUACGGUAACCCUUAGCCAUUGGCACCUGAUCCCUGUGGACGUAAAGGUGAAACAGUCCAAAUAGGGGUGGGGUUGGAUUUAUCCACGAAGCCUUUUCAGUUUCAGUUAAGAAGACACAGCUUCUCUCACUGAUGACAACAUUCGAAAUGUGAGCCAGAGGCUAGAAUAACUUCCAACUCAUCCUGAUUUAGCUGUAGUUGUCUUGAGAACAAGAUGACACACAUGGAACAAAGAAUGAUUUUUGGUUUUUAUUUUUGGUUUUAUAACUGGUAUGAAAAAGAAACGUUUGUAAUUUUGCCAUUAUUGUAGGAGCUGGCUUGCAUUUAUUUCCAUAUAUAUUAUAUGAUAAGUA